AUGUUGUCCAAGAUUAUCACUGCCUCUGCGGCCCUCACUAGCCUCGUGUCCGCCCUGCCCACUGAGAAGCGCCAGAACAUCGACACCACCGUCCUCCAGUUCGCUCUGACCCUCGAGCAUCUCGAGAACGUCUUCUACAAGCAAGCCAUUCAGAAGUUCUCCCAGCAGGACUUCAUGAAAGCUGGCUACUCCGCCGACUACUACAACGACCUGAAGUACAUUGCUUAUGACGAGCAACAGCAUGUCUUGGCUCUCUCGGCGGCCUUGACCGCAGCUGGGGUGACGCCAAACCAAGCCUGCCAGUACUCUUUCCCAUACACUGAUGUACCAAGCUUCAUCACUCUGUCUUCCGUCCUCGAGGAUGUCGGCACCAGCGCUUAUCUUGGCGGCGCCGGUCUCAUCACCAGCAAGGCUUAUCUGACAGUGGCUGGCUCCAUCCUCGCCACCGAGGCUAGGCACACUGCCUUCCAGCGAACUGCCAUCGGUGAAGUUCCAAUGCCGAACCCGUUCCAGACUCCGCUCGACCCAACGUCAGUCUACACCCUUGCCGCGAUGUUUAUCACAUCCUGCCCUACCACCAAUACACCAUUGCCAUUCACACCAUUCCCAGCACUCGCCACCGACACCAAGACCUGCACGUGCGAGGAGCCACAAUGCGGUAUGCCCAGCGCCUACAUCAAGGCUCGUGACCGGAAGAACGACAACUGGGGCAAGGAGCACGGCUGGGGUAGCACCUGGGACCCCAACAGCAGCAAGUCUUGCAUGCCACCAACUGCCGGCACCCAAGUCAUGUUCACCGCCAACGGUACUAUCAAGGCUAACUCGUACGUAACCUUCGUCAACGGCUUGAACGUGGUCAGUGUCGCUGGCAAGAUCGACGGCAUGAACAUCUCUGCAGCGGUCCCAUCCCAGGCUAUGGGCCAGACAUACGUCUUUGUGACGUCUAAGAACGAGAAUGGUACGCUUACGGCUGCUGACGUCGAGUAUGGUCCUGCUGUCCUUGAGGUCGCCCCACCAGCGCCGGCUAUCGACUUCAGCGAGUCCUAG